CACAAACUGACACAUACUGAUAUGUGUGUUAGUUUUUAUAUCUAUUCAUGCCGGGCGUGAGUGUGGAGAAGCGUAACAACACGGAUCGCUUGUUUCCGUCUGAAAGUGCCGAGACACCCGGAAGGGUGGUACCUGUCCUGUGUGUUAGUUCUGCAAACAACGCGAUCCCCACAAUGUGUUUCAUUCCCAUGAGUCGCCGCUUCAUGGUGCAUUUCAUGCAUUUUCCAACAGUGUGAAAUUUCUGGUAUUAUUUCCCAAGUCUUGGGGGUUUAUUCGGAGGUCUUUUGACGACUGAGACCCACACACAUGCAUGUCAGCAACACGUAAUCGCCGAUGGUCUCCAGCUGCUGUGAAGAAGUUUCGGAUCGAGUAGCCCGCUGAACUCGGAGCGCGAGGACCUCCCUGGUGUUGUUGUGAAGAUAAGGAGACACCCGGGAAAAGGGGCACCAGUCCUUCGACAUCGCUCUCCACACUGGCAACCAUCCAGCUCUAGCAUACCUGUCAGCUCUACUGGCCCCCCCCCCUUCCGAGCCUGGCAGCUGCCAUCCCCCCAGUCCUCCACCAUGAGCAUCCAGCCGCGGCGGAUCCGGCUGAAGCCCUGGCUGUUGGCCCAGGUGAACGGAGGGCGCUACCCGGGCCUGAACUGGCUCAACCAGGAGCGGCUGUUCCAGAUACCCUGGAGACAUGCCACACGCCACCUGCCCAUGUCGGAGGAGGAGAACACCAUCUUCAAGGCCUGGGCCUUGGAGACAGGCAAAUACCAGGAGGGAGUGGAUGAGCCCGACCCGGCCAAGUGGAAGGCUAACCUGCGCUGCGCCCUCAACAAGAGCCGCGAGUUCAAACUAAUGUACGACGGGACCAAGGAGAACCCUGUGAAGCCCUACAAAAUCUACGAGGUGUGCGACCAGCCCGGGAACGGAGAUGCUGUGGAUGAAGACGACGAGGAGAUGCCGAAUCUUGACGAUCUCACUAUCGACCCCAGGCCCAGCGACGUGUCCGCCUUCCUCAACUACCACAGGGGUGAGGUGGAGAUGGUCAACUUCACCCCUGCUCUCGGCGGCCCCUUCGGUUCCCCCCGGGUCAUCCCCAUGCCUCAGGUGGACGUCGUGCACGCCGUGCACGCCGGGCCCCUCGGGGGCCUGCCCAACGGGCUGGGGGGGCUGGUGGCCCCCGUGCACGUGGAGAUGCCCCCGAUGCCGCCCCCUGCUGUGGCCGCCGCGGCUCCCCUCCCAGGGCCCCUGGGGAUCGACGCCGGGGCCGUACCCAUGGACACUUGCUCCAUGCCGGGCAUGCAGACACAGAGAGAGGCCCAGGCUCAAGCCCAAGCCCAGGCCCAAGCCCAGGCCCAGGCCCAGGCCCAAGCCCAGGCCCAGGCCCAAGCCCAGGCCCAGGCCCAAGCCCAGGCCCAGGCCCAGGCCCAAGCCCAAGAACAGGCCCAGCACUGCAAGUUUGACUUGCUGAGCAGCCUCCCAUUGACCGACCUGGACCUGAAGUUCGAGUACCGCGGACGAACCGCCCGCUCCCAGACGGUCAGCAACCCCCAAGGCUGCCGGCUGUACUACGGCCACCUGGAGCCCACGCCGGGCCAGGUGGACCUGUUCGGCCCCGUCUCCCUGCAGCAGGUGCUGUUCCCCGGCACGGCCGACCUGCAGAACCAGAAGCAGAGGUUCUACACGGAGGCCCUGCUGGACGUCAUGGACCGCGGGCUGAUCCUGGAGAUCUGGGAGCAGGACAUCUACGCCGUGCGCCUCUGCCAGUGCAAGGUGUACUGGUCGGGGCCCGGUGUGUCGGAGCACGGGCCGCCCAACCCCAUGGAGCGGGAGAAGAAGAUCAAGGUGUUCAGCCUCAACCAGUUCUUGGAAGGGCUGAUCAUGUUCCACAAGGGGGAUUCCCCGAACCCUCCCCCUUUCGAGGUCUACUUCUGCUUUGGUGAAGACUGGCCGGAUAGGAAACCGAAGGAGAAGAAGCUCAUUAUUGUUCAGGUGGUCCCCGUGGUGGCCAGGAUCCUGACGGAGAUGUUCUCCGGGGAGCUCAGCUGGUCCACGGACAGCAUCCGCUUGCAGAUCUCCAAUCCUGACGUCAAGGACCAGACGGUGGAGCAGUUCAAAGAGCUCCAGCGACUCCUCCAGAGCCAGCAUGCUCAGGGCCCUUGGGGGCCGCAUGUCCCUUGAGGAAAAAAGUAAUGACAGACCAGCAACCGUCCAAAAAAAGAACUACACUUCUUUGGAACUCUACAAGAGGAACUUAAAGUGUGCGUCGUCUGCUGGCCCCCAGAGACUAUAUUUGCGUGUUGGUCACAUUGACCACGUCCUCAGUCUUUUUAUAAAGGCCUUGAUCCGACACGUCUAACUCCUACAAUAUAUUGUGCAGCGUCGAGUUGUUUCAAUGGCCUACAUGCAAAGUCUGACGGUUCAAUGCCAGCACAUUUUUUGGUGUAAAGUAUUUAAAAAAUUGCCGUCACAGUAUUGUACCAUAUGGGGUUAGCGGAUGCCUCUGUUUGUGUGUAGUUGCCAUAAAAAUUAUUCGACUUGAAAAACUUCAGUCAUUCUGUGGAAAUAAAACUGGCUUUAGUAUGAACGAUUCAUUCAGUAAAAACUGUACUAAAUGCGUUAAAUAAAAAUGCAGGUUUUCCUUUAUACAUUAA